AGAUUUGGAGUUCCCUCUUCUUGGGUUGACUCUCUCUCUCUCUCUCUUUCUCUCUCUAUUGAACUUUACUUUAAAUACUUUUGUUUCAUUUUAUCAAAUUAUUUUUUGAGACCCAGUGAUUAAUGCUCCCCCAUUACUGUUCAUCUCAAAUUUGCUUUUCCUUUACUGUUUCUCUCUCUCUCUCUGGUUUCCUCCAUUGCAAACCAAGCUUCCUUUCCAGCUUGCUCAGGUCCCUCUCUCGUUCACACAGACAAAAUACCCACCAACCAUUUUACCCACCUUUUCUUUUUGUCUCUCUAAAUCCACCGUUUUAUUUAUAUAUUUAAUCUCUCUCUCUCUCCCACACCCUCUUUCUACAUUUUCCCCUUCAAAGAUUACAUUUUUGUCUGGCCUUGCCUAAACUCUCUUCCCUUUCUUUUCUUUUUAAUUUAUAUAUAUAUACAUAUAUAUAUAUAUAUAUUCUUAACUAUCAUUCUCUCUGAAUUGGUUUUGGCCCACUUGAGGCCACAACCCCUACUUGUAAACUACUCAUCUGGGACUCUUGCCUUUUGAGGCAUCUGGGUUUUGGUGGGCUUCUCUUUACUUCAGGUCUACAUUGGCCUAUUCAUGCUUAUUGAAUCUCUGUUGGUUCAAGAAGAAGCCCGUCCUUUGAUUCUCUGGGUGCUCAAGGAAGAAGAUCAAGGAGGCUAGCUUAGAUCAAUACCAUAGAAAGAAAAAUGUAUAUGGAGACCUUUCAACGGAUUUGUAAAGAUUUGCAUAUGUUUUCUGUCACGAAGGUGGAAAUGUGUUGAGUUCUUCGGACCUGGUACUUAGAACACCAGAGUGGGUUCUGUGUUUCAAUAUCAAGGGUAUCAGCUAUGGCGUCUGGGAGUUCUUUGAAUGCAGAAUUGUCAAAGAAGACAUCACUUUUCGGUUUAAAAUUAUGGGUUUUGAUUGGCAUUUGUGUUGGAGCGUUUAUUGUUUUGAUCCUUUGUUUCCUUUCUAUAUGGGUCACAUUUCGACGAAAAUCAAGGAGAUCUUUGGACAAAUUUUCACUCAGCCAAAUUCCAAAUAUCUCCAAAGAUAUCAAGGUUGACAGGAUUGGGGCUGAGAGUACGCAUGAUCACCAGGAUAGUUUAUUUGUGACAGUUAAUGAUAAACCAAGUGAUAAGAAUUCAGAGAAGAUGUUAGUUCACUUAGGGAUGAGCAAAACUAGUGAUCCUGAUAACAUGAGUCAAUGCAGCUCGGUUUACCAUCAUGAUAGAGCAUGUAGCUCACAGUCAGGGGAAGAAGGAAGUUCUGGAGGUGUUCGCAAGCAGCACUCAUCAACGUACGGAGGCAUUGUCACAGCUUCUCCUCUAAUUGGCUUGCCAGAAGUUUCACACCUCGGGUGGGGCCACUGGUUUACCCUUAGGGACCUGGAAUUUGCUACAAAUCGUUUCUCUGCAGACAAUGUGCUUGGUGAGGGUGGAUAUGGGGUUGUUUACAAAGGGAGACUUAUAAAUGGAACUGAGGUGGCCGUGAAAAAGCUUCUGAACAAUCUGGGACAGGCUGAGAAGGAAUUUAGAGUUGAAGUGGAAGCAAUAGGCCAUGUACGGCAUAAGAAUCUAGUGCGGCUCCUUGGCUAUUGCAUAGAAGGAGUUCACAGGAUGCUGGUUUAUGAAUAUGUUAACAAUGGAAACCUUGAACAAUGGCUACAUGGGGCCAUGCGCAAUCAUGGCACCCUUACUUGGGAGGCUCGCAUAAAAGUGAUUCUUUGUACUGCAAAGGCACUGGCUUAUUUACAUGAAGCAAUAGAACCCAAAGUUAUUCACAGAGACAUUAAAUCAAGCAACAUUUUGAUUGAUGAUGAGUUCAAUGCAAAGGUUUCUGAUUUUGGAUUGGCGAAACUCUUGGAUGCAGGAGAGAGUCACAUCACAACUAGAGUAAUGGGAACAUUUGGUUAUGUGGCACCGGAGUAUGCUAAUACCGGGUUGUUAAAUGAGAAAAGCGACAUUUACAGCUUCGGUGUCCUUUUGCUUGAAUCAGUUACUGGAAGGGACCCUGUGGACUAUGGACGUGCUGCUAAUGAGGUUAAUCUUGUGGAGUGGUUAAAGGUGAUGGUGGGUACAAGAAGAGCUGAGGAGGUUGUGGAUCCAUUCCUAGAAGUUAAACCAACCACACGUGCUUUAAAACAUGCUCUUCUAGUUGCCCUUAGAUGUGUUGAUCCUGAUUCAGAAAAGAGGCCAAAAAUGAGUCAUGUUGUACGAAUGCUUGAAACCGACGACUACCCGUUUCGUGAGGAACGAAGAAACAGAAAGAGCCGAACAACCAGCAUGGAAAUCGAAUCAACAAAGGAGAUUUCUGGUUCAUCUGAAAUGCCAACAAAGUCAGGGGAUUCAGGGAGCCAAGUAUCUGAAACAACUCAUGGAUAGGACUGACCAACACAUAAUCCUGGCGAAAAUUUGCCAUCUCAUCUACCAGAGUAAAAAAAACAAAUCUUUCAGUAGCUCAUUAAAAUACAAUAUACAUCUCAGAGUACCUAGUUUUUUUUUCUUAAAAAAAAAAUCUAGUUUGUAUUGAAGAUAUAUAGCUCAUUAGCUGUUUGUUACAGUUGUGCCUUCUCAGGCAUGUGGUUCAUUCAAGAAUAGAAGAGAGGUGCUCCCAAAGUUCACCCCACAAGAGUCCCAACCCCAGAAUUUGGGGUCCUCAGAGAGAUAGAUAGAGACAAAAGAAGAGGUUCUUGUUGUACAGACUUGUCUUUGGGCAGUGGCCUGUCUAUUUCAUUAUCAUACAUGAUUAUAUAUAUAAUUUUUUUCUUUUUCUUUUUCUUUUUUACUGAUUUUUCUUUGGAUUACUGUACUUGGGAUGCAGAAAAAGUAUUAAAUUGGUUUCACUUUCUCCA